AUGUACAUAAAUUUAUGUUUGUCAGAUGUACAAGCACAUAAAAAACAGAACAUUGUAAAUAAAAUUUUACAUCAAUUUUCUGACAUAAUGUUUAAAGUUUGGAAUAGUGAAGAGAAAAGUCAAUUUCCUUUCGAGAAUCUUAUGAAUUCAGUGACAAACCAUGGAAGGAAAUUGGCACUUGGCUUUGAUAAAGAGUUGGAUGUGUAA